UGAGGCGUGAGGUUUAAUAAAGGGCUGCCUGACGAAUUGAUCUUUCUCCUGCACUUGCUAGUGGAUGCAAAGUCCCGCCACACGACUAAUUGACUUCUAUUUCACGAGUGUCACUGACAGUCUGCCACUGUGUCAUGGCUGAGGACGCCACGAAUGUCGUCAACGAUGCAGACACGCUUUAUGAGGAGGAAUCGUAUCACUCCCGGCUGGUUAAGAAGGCUAAAUGGGGGCGGUCCGAAGGACAAGGUUUGAAGGGUGAAGGGGGCGUUCCUAGGAAGAGGAAGCGUGGAAGGUUGCGAUUCGUCAUAGAGGAAAUGCCGCUCGAGAUCGUCCUCGAAAUUUGUUCCCACCUCGGACCUCGCGACCUGCUUCACCUCGUGAGGUCUGCGAAGGUCUUCGCGAGGCAUCUUCUGAGACCGGGUGUUGCUGGGGUGUGGAAAGCGGCUCGGGAAGAGUGUGCUCCAGACAUGCCGCCGAUCCAUCCGGAUCUCACGGAACAGAAAUAUGCUCUAUUGGGCUUCGGCUCUAAUUGCCAGAACUGCGGGACCUUUACAUCUUCGGCUACCAAUUGGUAUUUGCGGAAACGAUGGUGUCGUAAGUGCCGCCGCGACGUGCUUCGGUCAGAGUACUAUGACAUGUGUUUGUCAUUUGACCUCUCGAAAUACACUCGCGCGGAUCAAAAAUAUGAUGUCAUCCUUCACCAAGCUAGAAUUCCCCGUUAUGAGGGCUAUUUUGGUCGAAGACGUGUCUCGAUUUGUGUUUGUCCGGAUAGCGAAGCUAAAGCCUUUAAGUUGAAGGCAGAGGGACUCACAGACGAGGAGUGGGAGGAGUAUGUUUCAGAGGGAAAAGAGAAAAAGCAGGCAUUGGAUGCGCAUGCAAAAUUGUGCACAGAAUGGACCGAAAACCGCAUUUCUGGACGUCAAGACGAAUUACGUACACUCCGAUGUGAACGCGAGGCAGCUGUGAAAUCAAGAUUAGUGAAUAUGGGUUUCGCCACAGUAUUCAUUGAUCCGGCGAUUAGGUUUGGGUUUCCAGGACUCCGGGUAUCCAAACAUUUGACGGAUAAGGAAUGGGUUGGAAUGAAACAAUGUGCCAUUGGUGCGGUUAAACGGCGCGAAGAGUCUUACUUGGAGGAAUUCCUUCGCAGGGCAAGGGAAUCAAAGGGACGCAUUAUCUCAAGGUAUUGGACCUGGUAUGAAUGCCGCGAUCCAGGCAAUGAGUUUUGGCCUCUUCCCUCUGAUGUAUGGAUGAUUCCCGCUAUCGAGGUAAGGCCUGUAUACUGUGUUGACCUAGUGUUGACAUUCUAUGCCUUCAAAGGAUUCGCUGGUUGAAAUUGUGAAAUCGAAGCUACAUGAGCCUCAAGAUCUCCCCCGCUAUCUUGGGUCGCCUGAUUCCGGGGUACCUGACACUUUACUUGACUCUCUGGCACUCCGCUUCGAGGACAUU